UUAUCAUUAAUGUUAAACAUAAAAUCUACUAUUUGUGUAGAAUCUCAUGAAAAACAGGAUACUAAUGGGAUAAAACAUGUCACUACACCUAAUUUGGAUAGAAUUUGUUUUGACAUUAAAUUCUUUUACCAAACAUAUG